AUGAGUGACUACUUGACUCCUUCUGAUCUACCACAGCCAAAAUUAAGCAGAACAAAUACCGGGUUCACUCCCAAUCAGAUUAUCGCUCUUGAUACAUCGAUCCCUGAGUCUUCGAAGCAGAUUUGGAAAAAGCACACCCACUUAAAGCCAUUUGACUUCAAGGAGAAGAGGAUUAAGGAUGAGGACUCGAAGAAGAGUACACCAUUGAAUGAUAAGGAAAAGUUUGAGCUGGAAUUUAUUAGACAUGUUGAAAUCACGUUAGCCAGAAAUAUGUACAACUGUGAUAAUUUAGGUGCGUACCAGGCAGCUUCAAACACAAUCAGGGAUGCGUUGCUUAUUGAUUGGGCUAACACACAACAAAAGCAAACUAUUCACGAUGAUAAGAGGGUAUAUUACUUAUCGUUAGAGUUUUUAAUGGGUAGGGCCAUGGACAAUGCUUUGAUCAACUUGAAAAGUAGAGAACACACGAAGGGUGCAUUGCACGAAUUAGGAUUCAAUUUGGAAGAUGUAUUGGACCAAGAACCUGAUGCUGCAUUGGGUAAUGGUGGUUUAGGUAGAUUAGCUGCAUGCUUUGUUGAUUCCUUGUCGUCCAAAAAUUACUCUGGAUGGGGUUACGGGUUGAAUUACCAGUACGGUAUAUUUCAACAAAAAAUCAUUGAUGGCUAUCAAGUUGAACAACCAGACUAUUGGUUAGAAUAUACAAAUCCUUGGGAAAUCAACAGAAGCGAAAUUCAGAUCCCUGUUGAUUUCUUUGGUUAUGUAUACGAAUCUUACGAUACCAAUACGGGGAAGCCAAAGAAAAUUUGGACUGGUGGAGAACGUGUGUUAGCUGUCCCUGCUGAUUAUCCAAUCCCUGGUUUCAAUACUGAAAACACAAAUAAUUUGAGAUUAUGGAAUGCAAAGCCUACCAACGAAUUUGAUUUCAACAAGUUCAAUUCCGGUGAUUAUCAACAGUCUGUAGCUGCUCAACAAAAGGCCGAAUCAAUUACUUCCGUAUUAUAUCCAAAUGAUAAUUUCAUGCAUGGUAAAGAGUUAAGAUUGAAACAACAAUAUUUUUGGGUGGCAGCUUCAUUACAUGACAUAGUCCGUCGUUUCAAGAAGAAUCACAAGGACAACUGGAAGAAGUUCCCUAAUCAGGUUGCAAUUCAAUUGAACGACACGCAUCCAACGUUAGCUAUAGUUGAAUUACAAAGAAUAUUGGUUGAUUUAGAAGAAUUACCAUGGGAUGACGCUUGGUCGAUUGUGACAAAGGUCUUUGCUUACACGAAUCACACUGUUAUGACUGAAGCGUUAGAGAAAUGGCCGGUAGAAUUGGUAAGCAGAUUAUUACCACGUCAUUUAGAGAUCAUUUACGAUAUCAAUUUCUUUUUCUUAAAAGCUGUCGAAAGUAAAUUCCCAAGUGAUCGUGAUUUACUUAGAAGAGUAUCAAUUAUUGAAGAAGAUAACGGUAAGGCUAUUAGAAUGGCAUACUUAGCUAUAAUUGGUUCACAUAAAGUGAACGGUGUUGCAGAAUUGCAUUCAGAAUUAAUCAAAACCACCAUUUUUAAAGACUUUGUAAAAAUAUUUGGUGAAGAUAAGUUUACCAAUGUUACAAAUGGUAUCACACCAAGAAGAUGGUUAAAGCAGGCUAAUCCAAAAUUAGCAGAGUUAAUUAGUGAAACGUUGAAUGAUCCAACCUAUAGCUAUUUAACUAAUUUAGGCAAAUUAAAAGAAUUGGAGCAAUUUGUCGAUGAUGACAAAUUUUUGACCAAAUGGGAUAACAUUAAGUUAAGCAAUAAGGUUAAAUUAGCGGAUUUGGUCAAAGACUUGACAGGAAUAACCAUAGAUCCAACCGUUUUGUUUGAUAUUCAAGUUAAGAGAAUCCAUGAAUACAAAAGACAACAGUUAAACAUAUUUGCAGUGAUUCACAGAUAUUUGCAUAUCAAAGAACUUCUUGCAAAUGGUGUCAGUGUUGAGGAAAUCAAGUUGAAAUACUAUAUUUCUAAGUGCUCAAUUUUUGGCGGCAAAGCUGCACCAGGAUAUUAUAUGGCCAAAACGAUUAUUCAUUUAAUUAACCAGGUCGCUGAUGUUGUGAAUAACGAUGAAGAGAUCGGUAAUUUAUUGAAAGUCGUUUUUAUUCCUGACUAUAAUGUUUCGAAAGCAGAAAUCAUUAUUCCCGCAUCAGAUUUAUCAAAUCAUAUUUCCACCGCAGGUACCGAGGCUUCAGGUACCUCCAAUAUGAAAUUCGCUUUGAAUGGAGGUUUGAUCAUUGGUACCGUUGACGGGGCUAAUGUUGAAAUCACCAGAGAAAUUGGCCAAGAGAAUAUCUUUUUAUUCGGAAAUUUGGCCGAAUCAGUUGACGAAUUAAGACAUAAGAAUGUCUACAAUGGGGUCAAUAUCUCUAAAUCUUUAAAGAAAGUAUUUGAUGCCAUUUUGUCGGGUAAAUUUGGUAACCCUGAUGAAUUUCAUACAUUGAUAGAAAGUAUUAGAGAUCACGGUGACUACUAUCUCGUUUCCGACGAUUUUGAUCUUUUCUUAGAUACUCACAUUAAAUUAGAAAAGGUUUACGGCCACCAUGGUGGUGACGCUAAAGACAUCGAUCAUUUACACGGAUGGGUAAAGAAAUCUGUCUUAAGUGUAGCAAACAUGGGUUUCUUCAGUUCUGAUAGAUGUAUCGAUGAAUAUGCUGAAAACAUUUGGGAAGUAGAACCAUUAAAUUCUUAG